AUGUGUAGCGGUUUUUACGUAGACGUAAUCACUAUAUGCUUACGCAAGGCGUCUGCCAAGAUCAUCCCCCGGCCACGGACGUACUCGCCCAAAACACCAUUGCCCUCCUUCUGGCGAAUGGUUUUGACAACCGACGGGCGACCCAUCGCCAUCAGCGACAUCGUCUCCAUCAACUCGGUGGCUAUUACGAAACGCCUCGCCAAUGGCCUAACUGGUAAUCGGCCAUAG